AGAGAGAGAGAGAGAGAGAGAGUGGGAAAUAAUUUGAACGUCUCAACGGAGAUGUGGGAGUCGCGCCGCUACUUUCGAGGAAACAACAUCCUGAGGGAUAACACCGUGACGAUCGUUUUAGAUAACAGACAGACAGCCUAAUCGAGAUGUCGAGGCCAAUCCUUAGCAGGCCGCGCACGUUCAUCUACGGCAGCAACUAUGACAAGGGCGAGUCCUAUUACAAGCCCAUGGUCGACCAUCUAGACCGGAAGUAUAGCGCGCGGCCGUUGUUCCCGGAGCCGAGAAACUCUCUAGCCGACGAGAUCGCGGCGCGCCGUAGCGACAUCGGCACGCGUGACCUCUCCGGUCCUCGCACCGGUUCCCUCGGCCGCGACCCCGACCUCGAUCUCGACCCCCGUAACCGAGCCUCCCAACUACCAUCCUUGACCGACCCUCUACUAGCCCCCGAUGAUGAGGCCACCGUCUACGACAGCCGUGGACAGCGUAUACCGGCGCGACAUAGGAUGGGCGACGAUUUCGUGGACGAAAUCUCGGCAACGACCCGCCGUUUUCGAGCUCGAUUGGCGGCGAUGAACGUCGAAGAUGAGCUCGAGGCCUCGACCAGCGCGAAUCAAGCUAGAAGAAGCGCCAGCGAUCUUCUGGAGAACGCGAUAACCGCAAGAAAGGGCAUCAAAUCGGCAAUCGAGGAUGCCGAAAGCAGUUUUAAAAAGCGCUCGAAGCUUUUCGACGAGAUCGAUCGCGCCGACGAGGGUAAGCCUGCAUUCGCCAGGUGGACUAAGCUGAUCAACGAGGACGACGAUUUAAUACCGGCCAGCGCAGCUGCCAGCCGAGCCAAGCAGACGAAGGCGCGUCUCCACGAUCUCCAGUCAGAGAUGGAGGAGAUCGCCGAUAGACAAGCCAAGAGAGAACGCAGAGCGGCGGCUCUCAGAGCGUUGGUCAACGAAACAGUGUCCGAUACCGAUGCCGUUCAACAGUCGAUGUCGAGUGUCAGUAAGAAGAUAUCAGUACGCAGUGCCGAAAAGGCAGAAAAGCACGUCAGUUUCUAGACGAGGAGAAAUUUGCGAUCUAUUUUAGUUUUCACGACGGUGUUUUACAGGUGUACAGAUAUAUUGUAUCCUGAAGAUUUCCGUUUUGUGAUCCGUGGAAGAGAGAAAAAUUUUAAUAUAAAGUUGGUCACAGUUACUGUGCGUAGAGAUCGCUAAUUUUUUGGAAAAUGUAACUGAAACAAAAGCAAUUUUUUUCGAUCUAUUAUAUGUUCUCAUUUUAAUCUAAAAUAUGCAAGAAUACAAUUUUAGUGUUUCUUAAAUUGUUCUUUAAAUAACUAUCAAACGUGUAAAUCAUACGUGUCAAAUAAAAUUUUUAAAUUAUUUGAUUAUUAUAAUAUGCACAUAUAUAUUGCAUAUAAUAUUCUUAACUUAAUUGAAUUUUUUGACUAUCUCAUUUGUAAUGCAAUAUUACGAUUGCAACUUGAUUUGUUAUAAAACAUACACAUUAUUGUAUACUUUAAUAUACAAUUUUAUAAAAUUUUUCCAAUAUAUAUGCCACUAAACAACGAUUGCAUUUGCGUUCUUGGCAAUGACAUGGAAUUACAAUGUCGUUAAUUUGUUCGUGAAAGAAACGUACGACAACUAUAUUAAUGAUAUUUAAUCGACACUAAUGUAUUUUGGCGCUUAUAUUUCCAUGAUAUAUAUAUAUGUACGUUCGUUUCAUGUAGCUCUAUAAUUAUAAAUGUAUUAAUAUGCGAGGCACAUCUUUUGGAAAUAUAUUUAAUCUGUAAUUUUUUUAUUCAAUUAAAUAAUUUUAUAAUUUAAAGUAAAAAAUGUAUAUGAGAUUUUAAUCAUCACAAAUUAAAUUGAUUUUUCUUCACUAUUACGGAAAUUAUUUUUUUAAUUAUAAUUGAGAUUUGCUAGUUUUAUUUUUAUUAAAAUUACUUUAUUCUAAAUUAUGAUUUUAAAAUUGAUAAAUGAAAUAGUUGAUAUUGCGUCAACUAUUUCUCAAGAUUUAAUAUGUAUAUAUUUUUGGGCGAUAUCCCUCGCAUCGUGAUAAUUUUUUGCUUUUCUGCUCCUCGAUCUGUGAUUCGAGAGAGCUUAAGUGUUGAUUGUUCCUAAUGAAAGAGAAAUACAUUUUAGAAAAUCUGGAAAAAAAUAUUGUCAUAUAUAAUAUUAAAUAUACUUAAUAUAAACAUAAUAAUCGUACUGUCAUAACUGCUCCGAAACAUUGUCGUUUUCAGAGAAUUUUUUUUUCUUUUAUUAUUUGGGAAGCAUUCACUCUGUGUAAUAAUGCAAAUUUUUAAAUAUUCAGUUUUCAAAAGAAGCGCGACAUAAUCUACACUAACUUUUCAGAUUCAAUAUAUACAUAUAUGUACACUUCAUCUUUCUUAUUUAUGAAUAAAUUUCGUUUGAAAAUCUU